AUGGGCCCCAAGAAGCAAUCCGCCGUCAUCUACUGCGAGGGCUCACCGACCUGGAAUCCAGACGCGUACCUAGCAGACGCGCAACUCCACUCCCGCGCCGAAACGCACCUCGCCAAAGAUGACUUGAAAUCCGCCAUCGCGGCGUCCUUCUCGCUGCGCGGCAGCGACAGCUACGUGUACCACGCCAUAGUGGCCGUCACGCUCCCGCAGGUGCAGCACAUCGUGUCUCUCGGCGACGCCCACGGACUGCAUAGCUGGUACUUCGGCGAGCCGCAGCCGCACGCAGACGUAGACGCCUCUAGCACCGAGCAAACUCCCAACGCUAGCACCUCUGAACCCAAACCGUCGUCUUCUUCGCUACCACAAGUCCCCCCCGUCCUCCCACCUCCUCCACAGUCCGACAUUGAAGCCUACCUCUCUAUAUUCAGUCCCGCAAACUCUGCAUCGACAGCCCUGAAAAACUACACCUCGAACGCGAAAAAGGGGUCCCUGCGGCACGAGAUAGGAUCCCACCUAUCCGCAAAACGAUACAUCCACCCCAAACUCAACCUCAGCAUCCCGCGCAUAAAGCCAUCCUCCCCCAAACCAGCGCCACCAAACCCAUACCUAACAUUCCUAUCCUGGGCGAUCCGCAAUCUAGAAUGGGCCGGCCCCAGCCCGUCCUCCGCGCGCGGCGGCCGCCCGUCGUCGCACCACGUUCUCCCGAUCCUGAUGCACCACUUCGGUUGCGUCUGUCCAACGCACGAGGCCCUCGAGAUCCUGCGCGCCGUGGCCGCCGGCAGGGAGAUAAUAGACAUGGGUUCCGGCAACGGGUACUGGACGCGAAUGCUCCGCGACUACAACGUUUUCCACGCCCCCUCGUCGAGUAAAACGAAGACCCCCAACCCCGUACCCCUCGUCACGCCCGUAGACAGCGCACAGUCAAGCUGGCGCACGACCUGGGUCCGCGACACCCUGAUCGCCGACGGUGUAGCCUAUCUGCGCGAGACGCGCUCCGGCGCUAAGGACGCCGUGCUGCUCCUGGUAUAUCCCAUCGUAGGAGGCGGCGUGGCCGGCGGUAGCGAGGGUGGGUUCACGCGGGGCAUGCUAGAGGCGUACGACGGCGACACGAUAGCUGUCGUGGGGACGCAGAACCACAAUGGCUACACGGGCUUUCGUGAUAUGACCAUGGACGAAUUCAUGGACCGUGAGCAUGGUGACGAGUGGGUCAAGGUCGCGCAGGUGCCGCUGCCCAGUUUCCCUGGCAAAGAUGAGGCGCUGUAUGUCUUCCAGCGGGGUCCGAGAGCGCCACUCCAUGCGGAAGCAAACCAGACGAAACCAUCAAACACUAUAAGCCCAGGUAAAGAAGAAAAUACAUAA